AUGGAUCGCCCGGGGCCAGGGUCCGUGCUCCCCAGGCUGAGCCGUACCGUGCGCGCUUCAGGCCAGGGUUACCGGGUCGAGUGCGAAGUACAGAACGGUAGGAAGCUGCAGCCCUGCGAGUGGGCGGGGCGAGGAGGCCUAGGAGGGUAAAGGAGGUGGAAGGAUACACGAGCCGCGGUCGGAACUACUUUCAGGAGGAGGUCACGUGUGUUCCUAGUUGGGGAACUUUCCAAAUUCCCACUCCCGUACUGCUCCAGAGACAAGUGCUCCGCUCCCUUUGCUCUGGGUGUCCUCGUCCUAUGUAAGCGGAGGAUCUCCAGUUCUUUGCGCGUCGCAGCAGAAAAAGGGGCACAAAGGAGCCUUCCGCAGGAAUGAUGUCGGGGCAAGUGUCUAGGGAGCUAGUUACACAAGCACCUACAUACUAGCACGUGCCCCCGCCUGCCCGCUCCACGGGCCUCCGCCAGUUCUUGCACACCAAGGGGGAGAGUUUCUAGGGUGAAAUCUGGUCGUGUGCUCCUGGGGCAAAAGGGUAUCUCCUGUUGCAGCCCGCUGCUUGGGUUUGCCGAUGUUGCAACAAAACUCCCAGUCACUACCCCUGAGCUGGUGAACGUGCCCCACCUACUGUAG